AUGGCCUCGCCCGAGCAGGCUACGGCUUCACGGCCCAAGCGACCGGCACCGAUGACGAGGCAGUCGAGCAGCCAGUCGCACAUUUCGCAGAGCCCGUCGGAGAAGGGGCACCACCGGCCGCAGCAGCACAAGGUGACGCACCGCCAUGUCGCGGGCGGGCGCAUGCAGCGCACCAUGUCGGCGGGCAAGAACCUGGGCAAGUUCAACAAAGCCGCGCAGCAGCAGCCGCCGCCGCAGUCGCAGCCGCAGACACCACAAGCCGAGGAGGGCCGUCACCACCGCCGCUCGCAGUCGGGCGCCUCGCUGUCCGCGCCCAGCAGCCCGCGGCCCGGCUUCAAGCGCAAUGCCUCGUCGGGCGCCAUCAUGCGCCAUAACCCGCAGGCCCACGCCGGCGGCCUGCGCAAGAACCACUCGAGCGGCCACCUGGUCGGCAAGGCCAAGGGCGGCAAGUCGUCCAAGGACCUCGCCCUGAUGAAGGCCAAGCUGGGCAAUCCCGCCCGCUCGCGCCAGGCCUCGCCCGAGGAGCGGCCCAUUGUGCACUUUGACGUCGGGGACGAGGCGGGCGAGGAGGAGGAGGAGGAGGGCGGGUGGACCGAGGAGAGCGCGUCGCAGUCGCCCAACACGACCCGCUCCAACACGCGCUCCAACUCGGUGGCCGCCGAGGCCCAGCGCGUGGUGGACGAUGCGACCGAGAGCAAUACGCGCGCGAACGCCGGAGACACGUCGCCCGCGCUGCCCCCGCAGGCACAGGCACUGCCCGACCGCACGCGCGCGCCCCCGCCCGCGAGCAGAGCUGCCUCGUCCACACACUCGCGGCCGCCGGACGCCGACCUGAUCACCUCGCGCCUGCUCCAGCGCAGCGCCUCGCACACGGUCGUCGCCCCGCAGUCGUCGUCUGUCUCGGCCACCGUCGCCUCGACCGCCGGCCGCGGGCACCAGCUCAGCACCAGCGUGGGCAGCACCCUCGUCGACACGCCCGGCCGCGACCUCGUGUCGCGCUUCAUGGACGGCGACGGCUCGGCCGGCACCCCGCACGACGGCAGCUACAUGCCCGGCCGCCGCGUGUCCAAGGAGAACGAGGGCGCUCUCGACAAGAGCAAGCGCAACCGCUCCAUGCCCAACUUCGGCGACACCGACGACGCCGACGGCGCAGACACACCCACGCGCCCGCAGUCUGUCAAGUCCGGCGCCACCACCCCCAACCUCUUUCCCCCCAUCAACAACCGCACCCAGAACAAACUGCUCCUGCAGCGCGCCGCCUCCGCCAUCGAGCCCCACGCCCCCGUCCCCGCCAUCCUCCGCACCGGCGGCCCCUCCUUCCACAACAUUGGCCUGUCCUACCCCGGCGAAGGCCGCCUCGACCCUCGCCUGCAGCAGCAGUUCAACCACGUCGCCAUCGAGUACAAAGUUAUCCAGCGCUACCGCAAUCCGCUCGCCGACAGCAUCCUGCGCGUCCAGCAGAUGCCCGGUAUGCUGCGCAAGCUGCGCGCCACCCGGCCCACCAGCACAAACGGCGCCAGCGGGCUCGGCUUCAGCACGCUGAGCUCGAGUAUCAACGAGGCGCCCGACACGGACGGCGCGGGGAGCCGCCGCAGUAGAUCGAGUUUCGAGCACGACGAGGGCGCGGCGAGUGCAGAGGAGAGGCCGCGGAACGAGGCCGAGGAGCUGUGCAGGCGCAUGUGGGACAGCGCGGAGAUAGUCGGCGGCGAUUGA